AACUACAGUGAAUCACGUGUGCACGCACAAAUGGGUGUGCGAAAUUUGCGAGCUGAAUUGGAUGAUGUCACAAUCUUUGAAGGCGAGGUGGACUGUGCCUUUGCAGACCAUGACAGCGAACCAAUGGGAGAAGUUAGUAAGCGAAGAAAAUACUAG